AUGGCUGAACAAAGCCCGUAUGGUGAUAUUCUAAACAUUAUCGGCAGUUUGGCUUCCCCAGCCUUGCAAGAAUUUGGACGGAUUUAUGGAGUUAUGGAUGACCUGGAGAAUCUAAAGAGAACACUGGAAUCUAUCAAAGUUGUUCUCUCAGAUGCUGAGCAGAGACAAGACAAGGAUGCUGCUAUUGAACACUGGAUUAGAAGGCUCAAAGAAGUUCUAUAUGAUGCAGAUAACUUGUUGGAUGACUUGGAGAUUAAGGAUCUGAGGCGCAAAGUCAACGAUCAUAGCAAAGUGAUGAGUAAGGUUCGUGAUUUCUUUUCAUCCGAAAAUCCACUUGCUUUCCGUUCUAAAUUAGCUCGUAAGAUUGAGAAGAUUCAAAAGCAAUUCAGUGAUGUUGCUGAAGAUAUAUCCAAGUUGAAACUAAACUCAAGUUUGGUAAUUCUUAAACAAAAUGAGAAUGCAUGGAGGGAAACGGGUUCUUUUGUUUUGCAAUCGGACAUAAUAGGCAGGGAAGAAAACAAAAAUGAGAUUAUUGACUUGCUGAUGCAAACUAAUACCAAUGAUAAUGUUUCUUUGAUUGCUAUUGUUGGUAUUGGGGGUCUAGGCAAGACAGCUCUUGCUCAAUUGGUGUACAAUGAUUCUCAAGUUCAGGAGCUAUUUGACAAACGGAUAUGGGUGUGUGUUUCCGAAGACUUUGAAGUAAAAACUGUUUUGAAAAAAAUGUUGAAAUCUUUGAAAAAAGAUGAAGUUGGUGACUUAGAAGUGGACAUCCUACAAAAGAAGCUUCAUGAAGAAUUAAAUGGGCCAAGGUACAUGCUUGUACUUGAUGAUGUGUGGAAUGAAAGUCAGCUGAAGUGGAAUGUUUUAAGAACUCAUUUGAUGCAUGGAGGUCAAGGUAGUAAGAUAUUAGUGACAACACGUAGUACCAUGGUCUCAAAAGCAAUGGGUAUAGACACCCCGUAUGUUUUGGAAGGUUUGACAAAAGAGCAAUCAUGGACUUUGUUAAAGAACUUGACAUUUGGUGAAGAUACCAGCGGAAUGAACCCAAAUCUUGAAUCAAUUGGUGAAAAAAUUGCAGAAAAGUGUUGUGGAGUUCCGCUAGCAAUCAGAACAAUCGGAGGCUUCUUACACACUAUAAAUGAAGGAGGUGAUCAAUGGCUAAGUAUUUUAAAUGGUGAUGUUUGGAGUCUGUGUGAAGAAAAGCAGAGUAUGAUGCCAGUGCUAAAGUUGAGUUAUCAAAACUUACCACUUGAAUUGAGACAAUGUUUUGCUUAUUGUUGUUUGUAUCCUAAAGAUUGGAUAAUUAAAAAGGAUGAACUGAUUCAAUCAUGGAUGGCUCAAGGAUACCUUGCAAGUCCUAUUAAAACGCAAUCUAUGGAAGAGGUGGGCAAUAAUUACGUCAAGAUUUUGUUGAUGAGGUCAUUUUUUCAAGAUGUGUCAUUGAGCAAAUACAAUGAUAUAAUUUCCUUCAAAAUGCAUGAUUUGAUGCAUGAUCUUGCAAAGUCCGUGGCUGGAAAUGAUUGCUACCUGCAUAGUGAGGGGAAACAAAUUGUUGGUAGACCCAUGCACCUCUCUUUUCUGUCUAGUACCAUGUGUUCAUUAGAUUCAUCCGAUGUAAGUAAACUGCGAACCCUUCUUUGUCGCAAAACUCAAGUUGGAUAUUUUACUACACCAUCUAUCAUCACCAACCUGAAGUACCUGCGUGUUUUGAAUUUGUCAUAUUCUUCUAUAACUAAGCUGCCAGAGUCAAUUGAUAAAUGCAAGCAUUUAAGAUCUCUGAACCUGUCCAAUUGUAAAGAUCUAAUUAGUUUGCCCAAGUCUAUUGGCAAUCUUGUUGGCUUACAAUCUCUGAAUUUGGGUGGGUGCGAGGAACUUAUGUUUAGUACAGAAAUUGUCACGAAGUUGAUUAGUUUGAGACACCUUGAGAUCGAAGAAUGUAAAGCCUUCGAGGACAUGCCAGUCGGAUUAGGGCAAUUGACUUCGCUGCAGUCCUUAUCAAGUUUUAAAGUGGGUUAUGCUGAGAAGAGGAAUUGUGGGAAACUAAAUGAAUUGAAGGAGCUGAAUAACUUAACAGGUCAUUUGAGAAUUCGUAAUCUGAAUUCAGUAAAAGAUGUGGCGUCGGAGUCACAGGAAGCAAACCUAAAAGCAAAGGAAUACAUUCAAAUCUUGAAUCUUGAAUGGGAAGGAUAUAACCAAAACAGUGACAUCAGCUUGCAGUUAUUGGAUAACCUUUGCCCUCAUCAGAAUCUGAGAGAAUUGAAUGUGAAUGGGUAUCCAGGAGUGAGGUUUUCAAGUUGGCUUCCAUCACUCACUAAUAUUGUUCAUAUCUUCCUUCGUGGUUUCCCCAAUUGCCAAUAUCUCCCACCGUUGGAAAGACUUCCUUGGCUGAAGAGUGUCCAUAUUUUUGACUUUGAUGAACUGGAGUACAUUCAUUAUGAAGAGAUUUCUCAUGUGUUUUUCCCGUCUUUGGAGGAACUCAUCCUCUUGAAUUGCGAGAAACUGAGGGGAUGGAAAAGGUUGCCAAAUGAUAUUGACAACCAUCAUUUGCUGCCUCCUUUUCCUCGUAUUUCCAAUUUGCAUAUUUUGUCUUGUCCAAACUUGACUUGCAUGCCUCCUUAUCCGCACGUUGUUCACUUGACCUUAAAUUCUUGUAGCGUGAACUCAAUGAUUGAAACAUGUUUGGUUCAACUUCACUCUUCAUCCUUCAAUCCUCAUUCUGGCCUCAAGCGCUUGGAGUUUUUCAGAAUGGAGAUAGAAGCAAUGCCAGAGGAGUGGAUGAAAAGUCUCACCUCUCUCGAGUACUUUUCUAUUGGGGGAAUACCAAAUAAUGCGCCAUUGUUUCAACAGUUGCAACAUCUUCCUGCUGAACUUCGGGUACUGGAAAUUCUUUUUGUCGACAAGCUUGAUGUGUGGAAAGGUGAAGAUGACAUUAGCACACAAUGCCAAGUCCCUCACGGCCUUCGUUCUCUACAAAAGAUACUUAUAGCAUAUUGUGACAAUCUGAAUGCUUUGCCCGAGAGAAUCUGCGACCUCCAAUCACUUAAAGAAAUUUGGAUUCAUAAUUGCUAUAAUUUAGAGUCAUUGCCAGAAGGCAUGUGUCGCCUCACCAAUUUACAGACUCUGAGUAUCAGCGGAUGUCCCCUACUUCUUGAGAGAUGCCAAAUUGAAACUGGAGAAGAUUGGCCCAAAAUUGCUCACAUCAGAAACAUAACCGUACGAUGA